ACGUUCUUCAAGAAGCAGGGCACGGACACGAAGCCUGCCGUUCCUGCCUCCCGUAAAAGAGCGCGAGAGGAACCAGCAGAGCCGGUGCAGGAUGAGCUGGACCGGGUGCUGGACGAAGAGGCCAACGAGGAGACCAAGCCUCAGACCACCACUCACCAGACGGGUACCACCAUCCUAGCGUUUGUAUGUUGGCUGUUGCCCAAGCUGGAGGCGCUCAUUCUGUUCUGCUAG